GGGAUGGAAAAUGGGAAUCCCGUCCCAUCCCAAAAUCCCAAAAUCCCAUCCCAUCCCGAAAUCCCUGGGAUUAUCCCGUCCCAACGGUCAGCCUAUAUACGACAUCUUCGGCUUUUACGCGCAGGUCCUCCAAGGCGGCGACCUGCUUGCCCAGGCGACCAACGCUCGGAUCUACAUGCCCGAUUUCUCAAACGCGAGGUCGCAGAUCGUUCGUGAGUGCCGCCUGAUACGGAGGAGAAGAUGAAGGCUUCCAGCACCGUUAUUCAGGGUCCAGCAUCCCGCGUGCUGUAUGCAGGACUUCAGUGGUUCUAGAGGAUGCUGCGGAGAAAAGCAGCGGUA